AAGCAGUCCAGCAACCACCAUUCCCUCGCUUUCUCCUUCCCUUUUAAGUACCCUAACUGACUGAGAUUUUGAAUCCGGCAUGGCCGUUCAAGUUUAGGUCUUGCUUUUCAUCUCAAAGAUCAGAGUAAAAGACACCAUUGCGACUCAUUAAAUCUUUCACUGAUCAGUUCACCAUACAUCUCCAGAGUGGACCUUCUUUUCCCUUCUCUUUUUCUCUAUCUGGUUUUUGUUGGAAUGUUCAAGGGGGUUGCGGUUUUAGUGGGAGAGAGGGAAAGUCUGGACGAACAAUACUGGAACAAUCCAUCUACGCAAUAGGAAAAUUGAGUUCUCCAUUUAUCGCCAAGAAAGCUUUGUCCCCACCUCAUUAGCAAGUGCUAAAAGCAAGCUCUCAAUUUCAGAUCAUCAGAAGACACUGAACUGGAACCGUGGAAAGGUACAAAAGGAAUUUCGUUUCAUUGAUGGAUCUGUCAUGGAUUAGUGUCUUAUUUGUUGGGGUAUGCUGCCUUGCUUUCGGUUACCUAAUUGGAACUCGUCGCUGCACUCGAUUCAUUGCCUCUACUAGAGAAUAUGCUACAGCUGCUGUGGUUGAAUCUUUCGAAAUUGAAAAACUUGCCGAUAUUAUUAAAGACUUCAAGAUGGUAUUGGUUGUGAGGAGCGACUUGAAGAUGGGUAAAGGAAAGAUUGGCGCCCAAUGCAGUCAUGCAACUUUGGGUCUCUACAAGAAGCUCCUUCGCAAAGCGCCAAAAGCUCUGAACAGGUGGGAGAUGUGUGGGCAAGUUAAGGUGGUUUUGAAAAUUGAGAAGGAGGAAGAGCUGCUGGUUUUGCAGAAAAGGGCAAAAUCACUCAAAUUACCAUCCCAUAUUACAGUUGAUGCUGGGAGGACACAGAUUGCACCAAAUUCACGGACAGUGAUGGCUAUUCUGGGACCUGUAGAUGUGGUUGAUGAUGUAACAGGUGGACUGAAGCUUUUGUAGUGGUAUUCUCAAUUCAUUUUUUGUUAUCUGCAAGUUUGUGAAUCUUGGCUAUUCAGUAGGAUGCAAAACCCUACCUAGAUUGGAAGGCUUCAGGAGGACCCAAGUUCAUGAAAGGUACUCAUUAGUUAGGAGAAAAUGGUGGUUGUUUCUUUUGUUCAA